AUGAAGGGCAAACUCCUGUGUUCUAGUCUAGUCUACACGAAUGAAGGGCAGACUCCUGUGUUCCGCCCAAAACGGCCAGUCGCCUACGCAAUGUACGACACGGUGAAUCAAGAGCUGGAUCGACUGGAACAAGCAAACAUCAUUACACCGGUCGAGUACUCCGAGUGGGCUGCACCGAUAGUUGUGGUCCGGAAGGCUAGCGGUACCAUACGAAUCUGCGGUGACUAUUCCACCGGGCUGAACGACGCCCUCCAACCGCAUCAAUAUCCGCUUCCUCUCCCACAGGACAUCUUUGCAAAGCUGGCCAAUUGCAAAAUUUUCAGCCAAAUCGACCUGUCAGGCGCCUACCUGCAAGUCGAAGUGGACGAAGCCUCAAGAGAUCUGCUAACAGUCAACACGCAUCGGGGCUUGUAUCGCUACUACCGAUUGCCGCCAGGAGUGAAAGCAUCACCUGGAGCGUUUCAACAACUGGUGGACACCAUGCUGAUCGGACUCAAGCAAACCUCAGGUUACAUCGAUGACGUGAUUGCAGGAGGAGUGGAUGAAGUGGAUAACCAACUAAACCUGCAAGCAGUUCUUCAGCGCGUCCAAGAAUAUGGCUUCACCAUCAAGAUGGAGAAGUGUUCAUUUGGGCAGCCGCAGAUAAAGUACCUUGGGCAUCUCAUCGACGGACGAGGAUUGCGACCGGAUCCAGCCAAAAUCCAAGCCAUCCGGGAAUUGCCAGCUCCUACGGCUGUGUCCGGCUUUCGCUCAAACCUUGGGGCGAUUAGCUAUUACGAGCUGCCGAUCAUUGUUUCGGCUGAUGCGUCUUCAGUGGGAGUUGGAGCUACGUUGAGCCACAAGAUGCCUGAUGCAUCCGUCAAGGUCGUGCAGCACGCUUCUCGUGCACUAACACCGACAGAGCAAGGGCCUUGCAAUCGUGUUUGCGGUUACCAAGUUCCACGGGAUGUUGUACGCUCGCAGCUUUCUUAUUCAAACGGAUCGCGCUCCUCUUCUCCGCAUCUUUGGGUCAAUCGUCUGCAGCGGUGGGCAUUGCAGCUACUGCUCUACGACUUCAAGAUCGAGUACGUCAGCAUAGAGAAGUUCGGAAACGCGGACGUUCUUUCCCGACUCAUUGCCCACCAUGCAAGACCUGAUGAAGAUUUAGUCGUAGCCAGUGUCAUCCUCGAGGAGGACUUGAGGUCAGUAGCGCCCAACUCUAUCAGUUUCAGGACAGUACAGCAAGCCACCCAGACUGAUCUAGUACUUGGUAAGGUCUACCGGUUCGGGCAGCAGGGCUGGCCGAAGUCCAGAUCGGCCAUCGCUGAUCUAGAACUCCAGAAGUACUACGACCGUCAAGACUCGUCGGUUGUCCAAGGCUGCGUGAUGUUCGCAGAACGUCUUGCUAUUCCGGCACAAUUCCGGGACCACUGCCUCCACCAACUGCAUCGAGGUCACCCCGGAGUCCAACGCAGGAAGGCAAUAGCUCGUAGCUACGUUUACUGGCCUUCAAUCGACGCCGACAUCGCAGCAUUCGUCAAGACUUGCUGUCAGUGCGCAUCCGUCGCGAAAAGUCCUCCGAAAGCUCCAUCAAAACCGUAA